AUGGCAUCAAGACAACCUGAUGUACCUGCCAUUGAGCACGGCUCCAGUGGGCUUCUAGGAAAAAUGUCCCUGCCCAUCGGGAUGCACCGUCGGGCUUUCAGCUAUGAUGAUGCUCUGGAAGAUACAGCGCCGAUGACUCCACCACCAUCGGACAUGUGUACUAACACCUUAUGGAGAAAACCUGUAAUCCCAGAACGUAAAUACCAGAAGCUGUCCAAGGUUGAGGAUGGGGAUAACAGUAUGCCCCCACCUGCCCUGCCCCAUUCCUCUUCUGUUGAAAAGGCACCUGUGGUGAAGGCUAAAGCAACUUCUGUCAUCAUGAACUCCCUUUUGACAAAACAUACACAAGAGAGCAUUCAACGCUUCGAACAGCAGGCUGGUCUCAGGGAUGCUGGCUAUACUCCACACAAGGGUCUCACUACUGAAGAGUCCAAAUACCAUCGCGUGGCGGAGGCUCUGCAUAAGCUAAAGAUGCAAACUGGAGAAUCAAGUGAAGAGAGGCAAAGUUCAUCUGCUCAGUCCACACCUUGCAGCACUCCAAGCUCUUCACCAAAGCAAAUGCGCAGAUCGUGGUUUAGUCAGGGAUCCACUACCUCCCUCCCAUCUGGUGAGCUUCAGGGUACAGACACAGACAAAUGGAGCAUGUUUGCUCUCGUGCAGUACAAAAGUCAACCACAGAUCCAGGUGGCUUUACAGUCCAGUCUUACAAAGGUGCUCAAAAACCAACUCCAAUGAUCCCUCUCCAAACUGAUGCGAGCCCAAGCUAACAGAAUAGCUGAUGACCCUGUUGCAUUGAAACCACCAAAAAUUGAAAUGCCACCAUUAGUUACUGCAGAGAAGAAAAUUUCCCGAGGCCACAACCUUAAACCACGUGACAUGAACAUUCUAACGCCCACUGGCUUCUAA